AUGAGCCGCCGGUCCGACUCUAAUAACGACAAAAGUAUUAAAUACAACGACAAAGAUUACAGAGAAAACAACGAUCUUUAUAAUAGGCAACAUAACAGAAACGUUUCAUCAGAUACUGUCGAGUCAUCAACCUUCUCUUCAGAUAGCGACGAUAGUGAUAAAAACGAAAGAAAAGGAAAAAAAGGUAGUGACGGCAUUAUAAAAAUUAAAAAAGUUAAAGUAAACACAGCAGCUGAAAACACCCAAUUAAAAAGAGUAAAAAGUGAAUCAGGAAAACUUGUUGAUAUAAAAACGAAACCAACGCCAACUCCAAGAUCACCCAUUAUAUUUAAAAGAUCAGAAAAGAAUAAUGAUGAAGAGUCAGGAAAAAGAAAUAAUAAUAAUAGAAAGGAGAAGAAAAAUAGGAAUUGUUGUUUAAUUAUUAUAUUAAUUCUUAUUAUAAUAUUCUUGUUAGGAAAUUUAAUAGUUCUAGAUGUAGUGAUGGUUAAAAAUACGUUAGCAUCAUCAGCAUCAAACAGCAAUAUACUUGGGGGAAUGACACCACUUGGAAUUUUUGCGUCGCCAGAUAUCGACAAUGUUUGCAAACUUGUUAACUUUCCAAUAUCAUUAAGCAAAUCGCCCAUCCAUUUCAAAUUUUGUUCUAAUGAUGUCGCGUUAUUUGAGUUGGCCCAGAUACCUUUUAGUACACAGAAUGAGGUAACAUUGUUGAAUACCGGUUCAAAAUCUUUGGUACAAAACUCGCACGGGAAUUGUUUUGGUGGCAAUCCCGCUAACAUAGACAUGCACACUACUGAUCUUAUUUUGAUCUCUAACUGUUUUGCUACUGGAUCAGAAGAAGUGUCGUUACAAAUCAAUCCAGAAUUAAUAGCUUCAUAUAAUGAUAAUUUAUCCAAAGAAGAUAUAAUUGUCCAUAGAUGCACAAUCAAUUAUUCCAAAAGUGACCAAAAUCCCGUGGAUUCUGUAAAAUUUUAUAAUAAAUACAAUCAUGAUAAAGCUUUUGGUAUACCUAGAAAUGAAAUAAGUUAUUUAGUACCCGAACAAUACGAAGAAGUAAUAAUACGUGUAUAUUCUAGAACACCUGAAAAAGUAUUAUUAUUAUUUCUUUUUCCUGACUCUUCAUCAUUAUUCUUUUCUGAUCUUUUAAAUAUCUUUUUUAUUUUGCAACAACAAAACAUUGCUUUGAUUAUUUUACUAAAUAUUGAAGAUGAGGAAGAAGACGAUGAAGCAGGAGGAUGA